CCUAAUUAUAUAGGAAUUAUAUUCAUAAAUUAUAUUCAUUUGCAUUUCAAUUUAGGUUAUUGGAAAGUUUGAGAUAUUCAAAAACAGAAAAGGUUGGGGGCGUGUGUUACAAUCCCCCGAUCACCCGGUCAUCACAAAUAAUUCACUAUAGAAUUCAUCCUCCUUUCACUCUACUCACCGGCCCACCAACAACCUUAUUUUUUUGCUCUGUUCACUUUUUGUAAUUGAUAAUGGAGGGGGGCGGGUCAUGCUCAGACGACUUCCAAUUAAGUCAGAUGAAGAGACCACGUGUGGUUAAGAAGAAGAACGUUGCUGGAGCUUCUAAUCCUGCUGCUGAACAAAAGACUGCCAAGAAAGUGAAGCCUACCCCUGCGCCACUUCUACCCACCCCUGACAAACUAUUAACCGUGGAGAAAGCGAAACAUCCUCUCGCUCCCCUUGGUCAACUGAAUCCGGCUGGGACGGAAGAUAAGGAAAAGAGAAAAUCGGUGACCGCCACAAGUUCUGCUCGAGACGACCAGGAUUUUCAACCCGUGCAGUGGUCACUCGUUGCUCAAGAGGAGGAUAUAGAGGUGAAGGAAGAGAGACGAUUGAGAGAUGGGAGGGGAAUUAAUAUCAAAGAGGGGAAUUUGGCUGACGAGUUUCAAAUUAAAUAUUCGGGUUCAUCGGAUGCUCGAGUCGGAAGAAUAACAAAAGAUGAAGGGGUGGAUAUCACUAAACGGAAAAUACUGGAGUUGGCUGGUGUCGAGUCUACCUCCUCUGCCGGUCUGAACAUAGACGAGGCGUCACCUGAACUUGUUUUGACGCAGGAAGAUCAUGGUCUGACAGAUGAACAAAGAGAGUUCCUUUUUACCAAGAUUUUCGAGAAAGGAGGUCGUGUCCCUGUCAUUGACAAGCCUGGAUGGAGUCUCAUCAUUCAUAAAGCCCCCACCACCGGGUUUAUUCAUUUGUGUGUAGAGAAACCAAAAGUUCACAACGGAGUAGGCAUUUAUCAAGCUUACAGGCUUUGUACUGAACCCAAAUGCUACCAGUACGAUCAAACACUCUCAACUGAUGUCCUCCCAAAAUGUACUCAUCAUCAACCUGAGCCAGUUUACACCGUGGUGAAAGUAACCGACUAUAAUCGGGAAGACGUUAUGGUCCAACUACACAUGAAAUUUCUAAUCUCCGUUAAAUUAAAUGUAUCCGACAAACAGAAGGAUGAUGAGGCGGAAUUUAACCUUGGUCGUGUGUGUCUUAAGAACUCGGUCUGGUUAAAUUAUUGUGCCACGAAAGGUUUAAAAAUUCGUCCCAUUCCCAAGGCAAUUUCCAUGAACCACUUUGCCAACGAGGGAGACGCUCUCAAAAAGUUGUCAUUAGAGUCUACAAUCGGUAUGUUCAUGAAACCCCCGGAACUCAAAAAUUCAUCAACCUCGACAAUCUCAUCCCCCUCUGUUACGGAAUGGAAGGUGAGAUUGAUGCUCGACUGAAGGAGCUGGGAUGGAGCUCAAAAUUCGUCGCCACUUAACACCGGAGGAGAGGGUAGAGGCCAAGUAUCUGUUUCCAGGAGAGUACUUCCUCACCAGCACCUUCACAACCACUCCCACCACCACCACCUUCAUCACUACCGCAACAGCAGCAGCAGCAUUACAAAAACCGGGCAAAGGGAUGUCGUUUUUAUAUGCCAUCAUGAGUCGGAACAUGUGGUACUUUGGGUGGAGUGAGACCCCCGAUUUCAAGGACCGAUUAAAGAAAGGAAAAAAGACUGAUGGUGCUAGUGAGUACAUGCGAAUCACUAAGGCUAGAGCUGAAUCUGCAGGAGUAAAACCUCCCACGAUGACCUGCUACCUUCUCUCAAAGUGUGACGAUGAUCAUGAAAAGAAAAUUAAGACAAAGUCGAUUGAGGCUAAAAUGAUUAUUGCAGGUUAUGUUGCAUACUUGUUAGGGUUGCGUAAUCCCAUUCGACCUAAGUCUGAUCUAGGCUAUUCAACAAAUAAGUGUGUUUCUAUAAAUCUUGUUGAUUCUACUUCCUGGGGAGAGAUCUGUGACUUUGUUAAGUUAUUUUGGGGGUUUGAGCCAAUGCUGGGCCAAUUUAAGAAAGAUUAAACUAUUUGAGAUUUUUUGUACAUGAAGGAAACCUGAAUAAA